AUGCAGGAGACUUAUGUCCACCUGUGGGAACUAUUCUACACAGAGAACAAAGAGGAAAAAUGCAAAGGCGAAGCCUCAUGGAGGCUGCUGCAGCUAAAAAGAAUGAGACCAGUAACUGAGAGAUGUGGACCUUGCUAUGCCACCUGCCCAAGAGACUGGAUUGGAUUUGGAAGUAAAUGUUUUUAUUUUUCUAAAGACAUGAUAAACUGGACAUUCAGCCAGACCUCUUGCAUGGAACUAGAAGCCCAACUAGUUCUAUUUGAGAGCCUGGAGGAGCUGAAUUUCCUGAAGAGAUACAAGGGACCUUCUGACCACUGGAUCGGCCUUCACAGAGAGUCACCAGAACAUCCUUGGAUGUGGACAGACAACAGUGAAUAUAACAACUUGGUUCCCACCCAAGGAGCAGGAGAGUGUGCCUACCUGAGUGACAGAGGGAUCAGCAGUGGCAGGGACUAUACGCACAGGAAGUGGAUUUGCAGCAAGUCCAACAGCUACACUUUACAGUGCCCAGUGACCAGUACUUUUAAAUCCAGGCUAGAGAAUGUUUCAAAACAUCCAUGAGAAAGCUGUAUCAUAUUACCUACAGGUGCCGCUUCAUUCUUGAUCUUCACAAAUCAUUAUGAAAACCCAUUCACAAUGUACGCUAACUUCAAGGCAAAAACUAUCCUUGAGGACUAUUCAUGUGUGUGCUUGGGAGACAAUGAAUGGUUUUAAACUAAGUAGGUGUUCAGGUAUGAGUUGGUACUCAUAUCUUGAAACCUAAACCACAAUCAAUCAGUAUUAGUGACCUCCACUUUUAUGACCAGUAACGAUUUUUUUCAUUACUUCUUACUUUGAAUGAGUAGGACAAAAAAAAAAAAUGUGGGGUGACUGAAAGUUGUGGAAUGAUUCAAAAAAUCACAAGAAACAUGAUACUUAGACUGUACCCUCCAAAUAUUUUUGGAAACACAAUUAACAUUCUUUUACAAACUCAAUGACCAAUAUGCAAGGAUAUCUAGCUAAGUUAAAACACAUAUUUUAUAUUCUGUAAUGUAACUCAUCAAGAAUGUUUCUCAAAAUUGUUUUGGACUUUACUUGUCAAGUAAUGGUUUUUAAUUACAUUAGACUAUGGCCAUGUUAUAAGCAAUGCCAUUUUAUUUUCUUAAUUUAAUUUUUUGAUAAUUCAUACACUAGUAUAUCACUUAAACUCCCCUUUUGAUUCCUUUAGGAUCAAGAAACAAUUUAUUACUAAAACUUCUUAGUAUUUGAUGCCUUAUCUUGCAAUAGUUUUCAUAUUGUUGAGUUGGAACAAAAAAUAUUACAGUUUCUCUUGUAUCACUAAUGGCCCUGCAUUGAUGACUCCACAAAGAAACAAAAUAGCAGGACACUUUUAUUAGUUCUGUCACCCGACUUCCUUGCUAUAUAGAUGGAACCAGUUACACUUGCCUGGCAAGCAUGUUCUAUUAAUCCUUAGCACCAUACACAUUUAUAACAUUUUAUUUUGUAAGAAGGUGUCUAUGUAAUAUACAGAUGGCUAGAAUUAUAGUUGUGCAUCACCACAUAGGACAUGCCAUUGCUCUCUAUUCAAGUAUAUGUUCAGGGCUGGCAACAUGGCUCAGAAGAUAAAGACACUUGUCACUAAACCUGACAACUUGAGUUCUACGUCUGGAUUCACAUGGUGGAAGGACAAGUUGUCCUCUGACCUCCACGCUUGAGCUAUACAUAUGCAGAUAAAAUUAGUAAAUAAUAAGGUAAGCCAUA